UCAAAGAGGAAGCUGCUUCUUUUGGUGGCCGUGGAUCUUAUUUAACACUGGAUUUGUGUGCAUCGCUCUCCAGACAAUCACCUGGAAAUCUGUUGUGCCUUCCCUUCAAAACAAGCAAGUGCUGCUAUACAAAGCAUUUCUUCUUCUCUGUUUGGCUUCCAGUACAGGGUUUUGUUAAAGAGGAGAGUCUUUUUUUUCUAUGCACGGGAGGCUGCCACAUUCCACUCCCAGGAAAAUGAAGAAGAUCCUGUCAACUCAUCCUAGAUAACCAGUUCAGUUCACACAGAAGACCCAGUCCAUUUGGUUUUGGCUGAGAGAGCAAGUGCCCGAACAAGAGGUAUAUAUAUAUAUAAAUACACAUUUUUUUCCUGAUUUCUAUUUGAGGAUUAAUGAUGUAAAUGUGAUCCAGGGAGAUUGAAAGAAGCAAACUCACUGAGCCAUGUAAGUGAACUGAAUUGCUGCAUUUACGUUUAUACAGAAUGUGGCUGGAUUUCAGCCCGUUACGAAUGGGAACAUUCCUUUUCCACACCACAGACUGACACUUUCACUCUCUUCUGAUACACCUACAGGGGAAGAAAAUUUAAGCAAGAACAUGUAUAGUGAAUUGUUAAAUUCAACCAGUGCCACUGAAGCUCACCUAAUCAUUCAGACCAACACACCCUACCUGAACAGCACACAGAGACCAGUAAGCUCCUCUGCGUUUUAUAUGUCAACAGCCAGGGUGUUAAAAGAAGGGGAAAUAAAUAAGCCAGAUCUGGUGACUUACAUUGUUCUGUUUUUCUUCCUGCUCUUGACUGUGAUAAUAAUUGUGCUCUUUAUUAACUGCCAGUUGAAAAAUUCUUUUUUUGCUACUCUACCUUAUGACAGAUCACUCAGAGAAGCAAGGAGUACAUGGAGGACACAAGCUGUCUAAAACCAAAAAGGGGGAGCCUUGUUUAAUACAGUUUUGCUUUGAUAUAUAGCACGAGCAUGAGCCAGAAAACCUGUGCAAUCAAAUGUUAUUUCCUUUCGCUGUUAGGUGGAUCCAAUCCCCUUUUAAAUAAUAUUCGCAGUCUCAGUAUUAAGAGAAAAAAUUCCCUGCGGGGAAAAAAAUUGCCAUAUGUAUAUUAGAGUAAAUGUAAAUAAAAAGCCCUUUUAUGAAUUAAAAAGACAAAGCACUAUUAUGUUUAAUUUAUGUACAGAGAUACAUACAAAAGAAAUGCAUUGCCGAUAGUAGAAACCUCUGUUUAACUCUAUAUGUAUGCAAAUUUCAUCACUGACCCAUUCAAUCAAGGUACAAUGGCAUUUGCCUUGACAAUAAUCUCUAAUUUGUACAUCUGGUGGAGCUGUAGCCUGUGUUUGGGAAAUCAUGGCAGCAAAUGUAGAAAUGUUAAUAUAUUUACUUGACAGCCACAAUGAGGAAAUCAAUUUACUUUACAGACCCAUUUUGCUUUAUUGUUACUAGAAACAUGUGGCAACGUAAUGGGAGAUAUUGCUGAUAAAGACCGUAAGCCAAACAUGCGUCUAGUUUUAUUUAGCAUCUCUUCUGCGAUUCUCUUGUUCUAGUGCAGUGAUACUCAGACCUCAGUGGUUCAGGAUCCAAACCUUCGUGAUCAACAUUACCCAGGAGAUCCACCGUAGUGUGAAUUCCUUGUUUCAUUUACUAUAGUACUAUUCAUAUUUAAACAGCAUGGCGGGGGAAAUACUUAUUUGCUGUGAGAAUAAUAUAUAUAAACUAAGUUAUUAACUUAGUGGAAGUUCCUAACUUAAUUGUUCAUAACAUAGUAAAACAUCCUGACUGGUAAAUAACUUAGUUGGGUUAAUAAUUAAAUCACAGUGUUUCAAUAUCAUGUGCUGCUAAGAGUCGCAGGAGACACAUUAAAUAGCCACUUGCGGCUCACGAGCCACAGUCUGAGUGUCACUGCUCUAGUCUAUCUUGGUCACAUUUUCAGGCCCCAGUUCUGCUAAAUGGACCACUUAAGACUUAGGUAACUUGGAUUAAACUUUAUUGACAACAAAAAAAGCUGCAUUAACCACUGUAUCAAACCAAAAGGAUCAUUAGGGGUGGAAAAAAGCCGCUGUGGCAUGGAAACUAAUUAUGAGAGGCUAACAUCAGUCCCAUUUUGGCGCAAAAAAAUGAGUAACAAAUUGAAACGCAGGAAUCACAAUUUUAAUAGAAUG